UGAGGUCUUUAUCCGCAUCAGCAAUGGCAGCAACUGGAGCAGCAGAAGAGGAGUUCCCCGACAUCAAAGGAGGCGGAUCACUGAUCGUCGCCUGGCAGCUGAAAGACAAACCAGUUACAAUCGUCGGAGGCGGCUCAGUCGCAACCUCCCGCGUCUCCCACCUCCUUGCCGCCGACGCGCGCAUCACCGUCGUCUGCCCACAAGACGGUCUCUCGCCCGAACUCCGUCAUCGCCUCUCUCGCUCCCAAAUCACCCACAUCCCGCGCCCCUUCUCAAUCUCAACCGACCUCCCAUCCGAAGGCCCUUCGCGACCGGCCAUGGUCCUCGUCGCAAUCGACUCCCCCUCGGUCUCAACCGAGAUCUACACCGCCUGCCACGCGCUGCACAUCCCCGUCAACGUCGCCGACGUGCCGCGUGAGUGCGAUUUCUACUUUGGAAGCAUGUACCGCGACGGCCCGUUGCAGGUCAUGGUCUCGACCAACGGCAACGGGCCAAAGAUGGCCAGCAUCGUCCGCAAACGAAUCGAGUCUGAGAUCGGAGACGAGCCGUUCGGGUGCGCGAUCGAGAGACUUGGGGUGUUGAGGGCGGCGGUUAGGCAACGGAUUCCUGGCCAUGAAAAGGCAGAGAUGAGAAAGCGCAUGCGAUGGGUCUCUCUUCUUUCAGAGAAAUGGACAAUAGCGCAGCUCGCAACGCUCGAUGACAGGACUAUCAAUCUCGUCCUCGAAGACCUUGAUCAAGAUCCUCCUUCAUUCCAGGAAAUUCAAAAGAAAUUGUAAAUACAGAUUAAU